CUGCAUGGACGUGUGGUUCAGUCAACGUGUGUGGAUAAACACGGGCUCUGAAAGUACCUGAUGUAGAGAGGAGUGCGCGGCCUUUUCCAGUAUGGUGAAGUGCGCGGUUCAGGGAUGCCAGAACCAGAGUGACCUGAAGCCGGGCGAGAUGCACACUCGGCCCCGAAAGCGCUUCUUCAGCUUCCCCGCCGAUAAGGGCCGCGUGAAAGUGUGGCUGGCCGCCCUGCGGGAGUCCGAGCGCUUCGCCACCGACCACUGCCAAAUCUGCGAGGACCACUUUCUGCCCGAGCACAUUACAGCCUCCGGAAUACACCCUGAGGCCAUCCCCAUCACUCCUCCGUUAGAGGGGGCUCUGGCGACCUCCUCUGAUGAACACGGAGAGCUAUCAGACCCGGCUGAAGUGGUGACUGAAAUUCCAGCAGAUGAUGAGGUUGAUGAUGACUAUGAUGAUGUUGAGGAUGACGACGACGAUGAUGAAUGUUAUGAAGAAGAUGAGGAAGAUGAGGAGGAGGAGGAUGACUAUGAUUACACUGAGGAAGGCCCAUCGUGUAUGGAUGAUGAAGCUGAGAGGGAAUGGCUUGCCAGACUCCAGGACAAUCUCAGCAAUUCCACAGAACAGAAACGUGUUCGUACCAGACCAGGAUACUCUUACCGCUCUGAGGUAACACUAGGGCGGCUAACCAAGCGCUUCAUGGAUCUUCUUCACUCAGCACCAGAAGGGAUUCUUGACCUUAACGAGGCAACACAAAAAUUAGGCACACGCAAGAGGCGGGUCUACGACAUCACCAACGUGCUGGAUGGUAUUAAACUCAUCACAAAGAAGUCAAAAAAUAAGAUCCAGUGGGUGGGCCCAACUCCAAUCAGCUGCUUUAAAGGCCAGUGGAAGAGCAAGGUGAAAGUUGAUCUGAUAAACCUGAAGACUAUGGAGGAGGCUUUAGAUUGGCUCAUCAAAGACUGUGCUCAGCAGCUCUUUACGCUGACAGACCUCAAGGGCAAUGCUGAUUCAGCUUAUGUGACAUAUGAAGACAUCUGUCAGCUUGGAGUCUUUCAGGAUCAGACUGUGAUAGCCAUCAAGGCUCCUGAGGAGACCAAGCUGGAGGUUCCAACACCCACUGAGGACUCUAUUCAGAUCCACCUGAAGGGCUGCAGAGGACCCAUCCAUGUGCUGACGUGCGACAUAGGUGGGCCAGGUAGUAUUGUGGAGCCAGUUGGCACUACUCCGGAGCAGCUUAAAAAAGGCUGUUUCCUUACGUUGGAGGAAAGCAGGAUACAGACUACACCACUCCUCACAGAUCUGACCACACCCUCUGCCGUGAGGAGUGCAUAAGGACCAACUUAUACAGCUCAAUUCCAUUGAACAGCCUACUUGUCUCAAAGGACUAUGCAGCACUGCAACAUUGAAAUGUUAUUACUUUGUUACCAUGAGAAUCGCUUGAAGAACGUCGGCUGUAAAAAGGUUAAAAUAUGGUGGUAGGACCAUGACGAGUUAUAAGCUUUAUUUUUUAUAUGCAUUAAUCUGAUCUCACUGAAGUCAUUCCCUGUCAGUUUUUUAAAAUGGUACAUCUUCUUUUUUGUUCAUCUGUUUGUACUGUUACCAACAUUACAACCAAAAUCAGUUUUCUCCUUGCUGAGGUAAAGGAAAUGUACAAAAAGAUAACCAUGUUAUAAAGAACCUAGUAAUAAUGGAUGCAAAAGGAUAGCUGAAGGUUUGUAAAAUAAGAAAUCCUUAUUUUUACACUGAAGAGCUUACCAUGACUGAUCAAAAGCAACAUUAAGACGCACAUUUACUUGACGCAGAAACAUUGUCCAUAGUGAAUAAUGACAACGUGUUCUCUGCUGGCGUUUGUAACUGUAAAUAUUACUCAUAGUAUUACUUGUAUCUGAGGCAAACUCAUAAUUUUUCUCACAAAAUAUAUUUUCAGAAAAUAAAAUAAAACAACACUUGUUCAAAAAACAAUGUAAAAUAU